ACCAGGACGCGCGCGGAGCUCCUUUACGCACAGGCACAGCAGCAGCUCCAGAUCCCGGACUGCUCCUGUUUGUUUUCACGUCACGCAGGAAUCUCUCACCUCAGCAGCAGCAGCCAUGGAUGAAAUGGAGGAAGAGUUAAAAUGCCCCGUGUGUGGCUCCUUUUUCCGGGAGCCCAUCAUUCUGCCCUGCUCUCACAACAUUUGUUUGGCGUGUGCUCGGAAUAUUCUGGUUCAGACCCCCGAUGCUGAGUCCCCACAGAGCAGCAGAGCCUCCGGAUCGGCCGUCUCUGACUAUGACUAUCUGGAUUUGGAUAAAAUGAGUUUGUACAGUGAGGCAGACAGUGGGUACGGUUCAUACGGAGGCUUCGUGAGCGCUCCAACCACGCCGUGCCAAAAAUCCCCCAACGGUGUGCGGGUUUUCCCCCCGACUGUCCCCCAGCAGCCUCCUCCACAGCACCUCCUCCCACAGCCCGGCUCUUUACCCCCAAUACCCCGCAACUCGUGCAUCACCUGCCCGCAGUGUCACCGCAGCCUGAUCCUCGACGACCGAGGGCUCCGUGGGUUCCCCAAGAACCGGGUUCUGGAGGGGGUCGUGGACAGAUACCAGCAGAGCAAAGCGGCAGCGCUGAAGUGUCAGCUGUGCGAGAAGAGCCCCAAGGAGGCCACCGUCAUGUGCGAGCAGUGCGACGUCUUCUACUGCGACCCCUGCCGCCUGAGGUGCCAUCCCCCCCGCGGACCCCUCGCCAAACACCGCCUGGUGCCGCCCGCGCAGGGCCGGAUAAGCCGGCGCGCGAGUCCACGCAAAAUCUCCACCUGCACGGAGCACGAGCUGGAGAAUCUGAGCAUGUACUGUGUGCAGUGUAAGACUCCAGUGUGCUAUCAGUGUUUGGAGGAAGGGAAGCACGGAACGCACGAGGUCAAAGCUCUGGGCGCGAUGUGGAAACUGCACAAGGGUCAGCUGUCUCAGGCUCUCAACGGCCUGUCAGACCGAGCCACAGAGGCCAAAGAGUUCCUGGUUCAGCUCAGAAACAUGGUGCAGCACAUCCAGGAGAACGGCGUGGAGUUUGAGGCGUGUUUGGUGGCGCAGUGCGACGCCCUCAUCGACGCCUUAAACCGACGUAAAGCUCAGCUGCUGGCUCGAGUGAACAAAGAGCACGAGCACAAGCUGAAGGUGGUUCGGGAUCAGAUCUCCCACUGCACGGUGAAGCUGCGUCAGACCACGGGGCUGAUGGAGUACUGCCUCGAGGUUAUCAAGGAGAACGACCCCAGUGGAUUCCUGCAGAUCUCUGACGCCCUGAUCCGGAGGGUCCACAUGACGGAGGGUCAGUGGGGGAAGGGAACUCUCACCCCCAGAAUGACCAGCGACUUUGACCUGACAUUGGACAGCGGACCCCUCCUGCAGACCAUCCACCAGCUCGACUUUGUUCAGAUGAAAGUCCCAGCCGCUCCGAUGCUGCAGCUGGAAGAAUGCUGCACUCAGAACAACAGUGCCACGUUGUCAUGGAAACAGCCACCGCUCUCUACCAUCGCUGUGGAUGGGUACAUCCUGGAGCUCGAUGAUGGGAACGGGGGGCCGUUCAGGGAAGUGUACGUGGGGACAGAGACCAUCUGCACCGUGGAUGGGCUCCACUUUAACAGCACGUAUAAGUCCAGAGUGAAGGCCUUUAAUGCCAGUGGAGUGGGCCAGUACAGCAAGACGCUCAUCAUGCAGACGUCAGAGACUGGACUCCCCCCAUGUGAUAUUCAGUCUAUAGGCACAGUUGCUUGGUUCACCUUUGACCCUGCCUCGGCUCACCCUGACAUCAUCCUCUCCAAUGACAACCUGACGGUGACGUGCAACAGCUACGACGACCGGGUGGUCAUGGGUAACUCCUCUUUCUCCCGUGGCGUUCACUACUGGGAAAUGACCAUCGAUCGCUACGACAACCAUCCCGACCCCGCCUUUGGAGUCGCUCGGGGCGACGUCCUGAAGGAUGUGAUGCUGGGGAAGGAUGACAAGGCCUGGGCCAUGUACGUGGACAACAACCGCUCCUGGUUCAUGCACAACAACUCGCACACCAACAGGACGGACGGAGGCAUCACUAAAGGCUCCACAAUAGGAGUCCUACUGGACUUCACCCGUGGGCUCUUAAUCUUCCUCAUCAAUGAUGAGCAGCAGGGUCCCGUGGCGUUUGAAGGCCUGGAGGGUGCCUACUACCCGGCUAUCAGCAUCAACAGAAACGUCCAGGUUACGCUGCACACUGGACUACCCAUCCCUGACUUCUACACUCCAGGGGAGGCAGACCCCAACGGCUCUGUGUGCUAAAGACUGCAGCUCUCUUAUUUAUCAGUGGAAAAACCUCUCCAAGAUUUUCCAGCCAGUCAAUGACUGAUUCCACUCUCACCUCCGCCCCCUCCUCCUCCUGCCCCCCUGACCGACUGACCCCAUGACUCUCUGCAGAGGCCCCAUCCAGCGCUGAGCCAUGCCUUUAUCAUGCCUAAACCUUGAACACAUGGACCAACUGCAGGACUACGUCAAAGCAUACAGCGCUCUGCAAUCUGUACCUUGUGUUUUGACGUGACGCUGAAGCAAUCCUGCAGAAAAAUACGUGACGGACCUGGAGCAAUGUGCAGUGAUCAUGGGGUAAAAUUGUGAAAAAAAUAGCUUUCUUUGUGAGUGAUGAUGAGACGAUUAUUACCACCUUUAUACCUCUGUGCUAAACAUGAAGCUGACUUUAGCCUAGCUUAGCAUAAUGACUACAAAAAGAGCCAGGCUAGUUUUGUCCAAAGUUUGAAAAUAUGUCUACAAACAUCUCCAAAACUCAUUUAUGAAAUCAUAAUUAGUUUUUCUUUACAAAUAUGAAUGUAAAUAAGACAUGUAAAGGUUUACAAGCACAAGGAACAUCCAGCACACAAAGUAAAUGUUAGUUUGUGAAACUUGGAGGCAUGUUGGGACAGAUUUUCUUCCCUUUGGACUUGAUCUUAUUAAGUUUGUCUCACAGUACUGCACCAAUGCAUUCAUCCCAGAUAUGCAGCAGCAAAGCGCUCACCUCUGUUGCUUCCUUCCUAUUCAGUAAACAAUAAGCCAAUGUUUCUGUUUCAUGGAUGAAUUUCACAUUUUUGGGGUGAAAUGGUGUUUCAAAGUGGCAUUGUCUUCCAGCUUUGCACUGUAGAUGCUCACAGAUGGCUUUCACAUGUAGCUUGCAUUGCAAAGUAUAAAGAUAACGCCACUUUUUAACCGCUUUUCUCCAAUGAUGUUUAAAGUUCAUCCAUGAAUUGACAACAGCGGUUUGGUUUUUAGAAGAUGCACAAUAGUGGGGUCAGUUUUUAUUGCAGAAGAGCAAGAGUAAGCAGCAGAGGUGGGCAGAGUAGGAUGCUCGGUCACUGCACAGCUUGAGCAGAUUUGCUGUAGUUGCACCACCAGUUACCCCUCUAACCCACAUGAUCCACCUGCACAGCAGUUUUGAUCCACUAAACCCCCCGCCUGCUGAUUGCGUUUCUGAAACAGAGCAGCUCGAUUGCAAGUUCAAACAUCAUGUUAUUUUGCCUGUCCAAUUAUACUGACACAACGGUGAUAUAGCAUCCAGAUAUGGAAGUCUGUACAUGGUAUUUUAUUUUGAAAUUCACAGAAUGCUCUGUGUGUUGCCAUGCCUGGCUUCCUGUUUGGGCUGAUCUGCUCUUCCAGCUUAACUCAUGCUGGGUGCAUCUCCACUGGAGCUGGCUUCCUGCAUGCACUGGAGACGGAUUACAGCACGACCUGGAAACACAAGCACUGAUUAAAAAAGGCCCAACUCUAGCAGCAUGAGGAGCAAUAGGUUCUUUGCAGAAGACGUCAUGCAAGAAGUGAUUUUUGCAUUGUAAAACAUGUUUUGAGCUGUUUCCAAAUAUGCUAAGCAUCCAAAGUGUAACAAUAUAAAUAUUCUUAAUUCUUGAGCUGCUUUUGUGUCCUGAAAGUAGGGACAUAUUCAGACAGAAAAUAGAGGAGUCUAAAAAACUUAGGGAGAAAUGGGAGCUGGGAGGAAUUUACCCUUUACCUACUGAGUCUAAAAAUGUUGAU